AGAAUCAUAGCCGGCAUUUGGCGUGGACGUGUAACGUGUGCUCUUUUAUCGUUUCUUCGCGUAUGCUUCGAUGUGGUUUGCGUGUCGAAGUUGAAUUGAACAACCUAAAUCGCGCGUGAGACGGUAUCUAUUUUGUGAAGUGGGUAACGCCAGGCAUGAAUAUUUUCCAAAUCCAAGUUCUCACUUCACCACCCAACAGCAAAUCCCAGACCAGCCGUCAUAGUGAAGUGUUGAAGAAAGUGAGUAGCAAUCAUUAGCAUAGCAAUUCAUCGCAUUUUGAAAGCAGAUCGAAAGUUAAAGCUGAAGUUGGUAUCGAAGCUAGACUAAGAAUUCCAAUUUAGUAGUGUGUCAACGUCAGAGUGUCUAGCUAGUGAUUCAUCUAAAAAUUUGUGCCCGGCUUUGGAAAGGAAGAUAACGAAGAGUGUUUUUCCCAGUAUAAAUCGAAUAAUAACAAUUUGUUGGUGGCAAGCAAGCUCUCAAGGAUUUGAAGUGUUGCUCCUCUGCUCAUUGAGACGCAGCAUGAUGUAAAAGUUAGUUCAGCAGGAAAUAGCAGAAUUCAAUUGUAUUAUCACAUCAUUAUCGUGUGCUGCGGAGAAGGCGAAAGAUUCCACUUCAUCAUUAGUUUAAGCAGAGAGUGUUUCAUAGAAGGAAGCCUCCUAGAUGCCGCUUGAGAUGCAAAGAACGAACCUGAGGAUCAGCGUCAUGCUUAUGUCAAUUCUACUACUCGCACUGACGGUUGAUUCCUCUCUGGCCACCACGGCACAAGCCCGAAGGUGCUACGUAUGUGGCGAGGGAGCAGAUGCACCCUUCCGGGCUGCACUCGCGCAGGCUGCAGACGAAUCGUCUGUUUCUCGCCAUCCUAGGCCCGUUGGCAGUUUACCGAAUAUUGUGACCACCUGUGAGGACUUUGAGCGAGAUCGCAAUGAACUGGACAAAUACGUGCUCGAGUGUCCUCCGGCGUACACCAGCUGUCUGACCCAGGUCGAUGGAGACAUGGAAGUAAGAACAUGUGGAGAGAAUCUCCCUAUCAACGACUGCAAAAGUGCUAAUAAAAUCGACUACUGCUACUGCAGCGUGGAUUUGUGCAACAGCCUUAAGCGGACCCAAAUUCGGCGCGAGAUAGAAGAUUCACAACUUGGUGGCCUAUCUGAGCACCUUAGACAGCAGCACAAUAGCGACGAUGAGGACCUAACCGAGUCGUCCGGCAUGGAAGAUUCCCAGGAAAAGCACCGAACUAUCAUCGGUGGUCACAACACCCAUCGGACGAUUCAAAACGGAAGCAACAACCACAACCGACACAGCGAUAAUCGGUACGAAACGACGCAAGUUGUUAUGACGCUGAAACCGAUUUCCACCCCAGGUUCCAGUGAAAGGAGAAACUCCAGUAACGAAGGAGAUUCGAGUGUUAAAAGUGGUAGUAGCUCGCGGUGGAUCGGAGGUUUUAGUAUUGCGAUAAAUGGUUGGAUCGCACUGGUGCUAAUUGGUGCCUCGAUGUGGCGGUUUGUCAGUAGUAAAGGUUUCGUAAAAUUAGUUUAAUUUAAUUGGAUGCAAAUUCGUGAUGCUUGUAUGAUUUGAUAGACUUUAAUCAAGUAUGCAAAUCAGUUGGGGCGUUCAGUGAUGCCAAUAGACUUCUAUGCAAAUAGGCUCAUUGCAUAAGGUGUGACGAACUUAUAGCGCUAUGGCUUUGCUACAACUUUGUGUAACAUUAACUUUUGUUAUGUUUUAUCGCUACUACAGCAGCUAUAUUGCCCAUAGUCAUAUAUUAGUCCCUGGUAUUUUCAUAGUGCAGUGUCAUUGAUGUGGUUGAUUCGUGACAUGUACUUCGGUAGCCAUUUAAUUUGGAUGCCCUAGCUGCAGAUUUCAAAUUUAUUCACUUACGCAAUCAAUCAAUGAAUCCCCUUAAUUUAGUCACUAUCUAUUGGGAAAUAAGGGUGCUUUCUACUAAAACAGAAUUGAUAUUUAACAUGAGAAACUAGCAAUAUUGCAAUCCAAUCAGUAAUCAGUAUUUACAAAGAAAUCUCUCCAGUGUAUUUUAACCAUUUCGGGAUGGAUGGGUCAUUUAUGCCAAGCGUUUUAGAUUGGCUGUGUAAAAUCACAGAAGAGAGCUAGGUGCUCGCUUUCUUCAGCAAAGUUGUUCAUCAGGAUGCUGGCUUUACAGGAAAAAUAUUGGAGGUCAAGUGUAACUAUACCCUGAAGACCCAGAUGUGCGACACUUUGGGAAGCUUUCGCUUCUGAGAGCAUGCAAAUGAAUCAGAUAUAUUUUAGUCCUAUACCGCAUCGUAUGAUAAUUUUGAACACUCUAUGAGGUUAAAUCAUCUUGAACGUCAAGCCCGUGAUCAAUUUUCAGGAAUACGAGAUGCUCAAGGUUCUCCAAAACGUUCUCUAGUUCAUCCCAUCGUAUCUACCAAAUCAACCACGACUUUUGCAAUGUCCUCAUCGUCUGUAUAUACCCAAUCCAGGUCAAUGAGAAUAUGCGCACCAUGUAAACCAAAUGCUAUUUAAUACGAUAUGUUCAAGGUACUUCAAAACGUUCUCGAGUUGAGCUCACGGUAUACACCAGAUCAACCAAGGCUCAUCCAAUGUCAUCAUCAUCGUCAUAUACCUAUUCCCGAGCAGGAAAACUUGGCUCAAUAAUACCUAAUGGUGUUAUUGAUACCAUACUCUGUUAUGAACUAGCUCUGCAUAAGCGGUAAAAUACCAAAGAAAUAAUACCAAAAAUUAAUAUGCACAAUACUUGAGUCAUAACAUACUCUGUUAUUAAAUUCUAUUUCAAUACCAAAUACAUAACAUAUUAUUAUUCGUUUGGUAUUGAAAUACCUAAACAUGUUAUGCCUCAAAUAUUCUGCAUAUAAGUUUUUGGUAUUUUACCUCUUAUGCAAGGCUAGUUCAUACCAAUUUCUGUUAUCGAGGUCGUCGCUCCGGCUCCAGUUAGGGUGCCAAUGAAAAUGACAUUUUCGAAUUCCAAAAAACUACAUUGCUCACAAGUUUCAUUACCCCGAAAUAUGACCCCAUGCAAAAUUUGAGCUCAAUCGGACAUGAUUUAGGGAUAUCAGAGAAAAAAUCUUUUUUUUUUCCAAAAAUAAAUUUGAAGUAACAUUAGAUCUCCAUGUUUCAGGCAUUUUUAAAUCAUUUGGCAUCAAAACAUAAAUUCGAUUUUCCACCAUUGGGGGCAUUGGAAAAAAUUUUAUGAGUAAAAAUUUUAAAACUUUGAUGAGUUUUAGGCAUCUCUAAUUCAUGUCCGAUUGAGCUCAAAUUGCAUGAACAAAUAUUUUUAUUAGGGGUAAAUGGGGCAAUACGGCCAGUUCCCAUAAUUUCCGGCGAACGAAAAUUGCACCAUUCGAUGUGUCGUGAAUUUUCACUUGAGGAAGGAUAUUUCUCUGCCGCAGCAUGGAGCCGCAAUAAAUAAGUACCUUUUUGGGUCGCUUUUUCACCACUGUGCAUUUCAUUGGCACCCUAAUCAAAAAGCGUAUGCGCAUAAUGUAAACCCAACUUUCUCGAAUACGAGAUGUUCGAGGUAUUCCAAAUCGUUCUCGAGUUCAGCCCACGUUAUCUACCAGAUCAACCAAAGCUUUUGCAACGUCCUCAUCAUCGUCAUAUACUCAAUCCGGUUCAAAAAACAUAUUCGCACCAUGUAAACUGAAUUUUCUUGAAUACGAGCUGUUCAAGGUACUCCAAAACGUUCUCGGGUUCAGCCCACGGUAUCUACCAGAUCAACCAAGUCUUUGGCAAUACCCUCAUGAUCAGAAUAUACCCAAUCUGGUUCAAUAAGUAUAUGAGCAUAAUGUAAACUAAAUUUUCAUGGUACGAGUCUAAGUUAUGUAUGUUUUAUCAAUGAACUUAAGUAUAAUUAUGUGAACUCAUGUGGUGCUCUUAUUUUCUAAUAUGACAUCAGCAUCUAGUCGAAAAGGUUUUGUAUUUCGCAAUUCAAUUUUCUCUAUGCGUUGCCACAUAACUCACGCACGUCACCACGAGUAGAAGAUGUAAUAUUUGCUGCAACAAGUUAAAUUAUAAUACAAAAGAACAUUCUUUCAUGAGCGUCAGUUAGAAAUUCUUAGCGACAAAAAAAAAUCAGAAGUAAUAGUUUUGAUAAUAUUUAUGGAAUGACUGAAGAAUGAAUUCAUGAAGGAUUUUUCUAAUAAAAUUAAAACGAAAUACUUCGGUAGAACUUUUUUUUAUUUCACAGUGGAAUCAAGAAUUAAGAACCGUUUCAGCAGCAUUAUUGUGAAAAUGUUUAAGUCUAUCAAAUCACAAGCAUCACUACAAAGGUUUUGAUUUCUACAAGCAUUGUUUCCCACAAAAAUCAGAAAAAAAUGGAAGAAAUGUAUUUAUUAUUGCAACUGUGAUGGUGCUUUACUGAUGCUUCAAAAGCACACCAGACACAAACAAAAAAUAAUUCCUUUUAGUUCAAUAAGUAUUUUAUCUAUAUUUGCUACAGUUAAUCGAAAUAAGUUCGGAUGAAUUAAAAUGCUCAUUUAUGUUAGUUCAAUUUUUGUAGAAACAGUACACAUGUAUUUACUAAGGCUCUUUCUAGUUGAAUCAAUACCUGAUUAUUGGCUUCGGUUCUGCGGAGAACAUUCUGAACAAUCCCUAUUAAUCUGCAAUUUACGGGAUCUGCAAAUACCUUGCUCGAAAUGAAAAUGACUACAGAAGGAUCGCAGUCCAGACUGUAAAUCGACUGAAGUAAAAACGACCCAUGAAAAUAGAAAAAUUUCCAUAGAAAAUUCAGAAAUUGCUGAUAAACCAUAAGGGUGCAGGUAAUUACUAAAUGUAAAACCAAUAAUGGAACAUUUGCAAAGACAGGUGUUAUUUUUUUCGACAAACAAUUACAUGAUAUUAGGGUAACCGUAUCCUUAGCGUAGGUAGUGGGGUUUUAAUGAGAUUUAUUUAUACACCUUACGAUGGUUUUAGUUGAUGCAUCUUGCUUUUAAUAUCCUGUCGAAUACAACUUAUCCUAAGAUGUCGCCCGAAAAACAAUUGAAAAUAUGAUUGUCUCCCUUGCACCUAUAGUGGUGGAACUGUUCCAAUAGUGGCGAGUCUCAUAAGAAAUCAAUGGAUAGCACUACUAUGUUAACCAAAAUUAAUGUUUACCGUCACUAAAGGAACACACUGUUCCACACCCAUUAGUGGUGCAAGUGAUAUUUGCUAGUUGUUGAUGUUGAAUAACACCAAUUUAAUUUUUGUUAGCAAAUUUAUUAGUUUAUUUAUUAGCUAGGGUAUUAAAACUUAAAAUUUCCCAUAAUUAUAAAAUUUAAAAAAAUAUUUUCUUUUGAUGAUCUACUAAUACCUCCACUUUUGGUACCGUUACCCUAGCAGUUUUUAAGGUAAAAAUGCAAUUGAAAAAGGUGAAAUGCUCUCAAUAAAAUCUAAAUUCUUCAUUUAAUAGUUACAAAAGUUUGAAUAUAUUUUUUCUAUAAAAAAAAAGUUUAAAAAAACAAUGACGAAUAGGAAAUACGAAAACUAUAAGAAAGCAAUAAAGCUAUGGAUUGUUUUCCUUAGUGGACUUAUUUUUGUCAAAGACGAUACCCAUUGAUAAAUACCCAAUUUCAUUUUCUUUCCUGUUUUUAUUUUCAACUAGUUCACCCGGCAGACGUUGACCUGCAUAGUAGACGAUAAAGCGCGUUGUGAACUGCCCAUACGAAAUUUCCAUACAAAUCAUAAUUUUGGUUUUUACUAUUUUCUCAACUUUUCCUGUGGUUUUCGCAUGAGAAAAUAUCUUAUAAACCCGUCGGAAACGAUAACGAACAUGUUUGCUGAAGAAAUGAAAAAAAUCCAUCCAGCCGUUUUUGAGUUAUGCG